AAACGGCUUUUGAGUUUUGGCUAACCAAAAAGCACUGAACAUUCAUAACUACAUGCCGGGAAAAUCCUAUCUUUGGUCGCCGGCGGCCGACGGAGCAAACCAGGAAGAAGAAGAAGAAUAAAGUGCAGCCUUUAAUGCGUGGUUGAGUUGAGAUGGUGGCAAUUAUCUUGACAGAAGCUCUAUUUGGAGCUUCACUUUGUACUGAUUUCAAUGGAGUUUUUGGUUCAAAUUACCUCCGUUGCCCUUGUUUUUCAUCAGGAUUUUCAAUUUCCGAGACACCCACUUUAGAAAUUUCUCUGGGAAAGAAAAAGGUUAAGAAGCAGAAGAGGAAUGCGGGUUCCAUUGUAGUUUCUUGUGGCUUAGAUAAUGUAAUUAAUAGAGAAGAGCUUGAAUUCAAGCCUUCAUUUGAUGAGUAUUUGAAAGCUAUGGAGUCUGUUAAAGAAAAGAAACAGAGGGAUAGUGUUAGAAGAAAGAAGAGUGAAGAAAAGGGCAAAUUUGUGAAGUCUGAGAAGGAGAAAUGUGUAGAAAGUUCUGAUUUUGUGGAGCUGAAUGAGAAAUAUGAAGGAGUUGGAGUUGUAAAAGAGAGUGGUGGUGGUGGUGGGAAAUUGGAAUUUAGAAUGGUGAAGAAUCAGAAAAGACAGAGCAUAAGUAAGGACAAGAAUGUUGAUGAGAUGGUGAGUAUGGAAAGAGAGGCUUUUAAGACAAUGGAUGGAGAUGUUUAUGAUAAGCCAAGAGUUACUAAGGCAGAGAUGGAAGAGAGAAUCCAAAAGCUUGCAAAGUGUCUAAAUGGUGCGGACAUUGACAUGCCUGAGUGGAUGUUCUCUCAAAUGAUGCGAAGUGCUCAGAUUAAAUUCUCAGAUCAUUCUAUCUUGAGGAUUAUCCAAAUAUUGGGUAGAUUAGGAAAUUGGAGACGGGUGCUGCAAGUCAUUGAAUGGCUUCGUUCACGUGAGCGCUUUAAGUCACACAAGUUAAGAUAUAUUUACACGGCUGCACUGGAUGCACUGGGAAAGGCAAAUAGGCCAGUGGAAGCACUAAACUUGUUUAAUGCAAUGCAGGAGCACAUAACAUCAUAUCCGGACCUUGUAGCUUACCGUUGUAUUGCUGUCACUCUUGGACAAGCAGGACAUAUGAAGGAACUAUUUGACGUCAUCGAUACCAUGCGGUCACCACCCAAAAAGAAGUUCAAGACUAAUAUAAUUGAGAAGUUUGAUCCACGACUUGAGCCAGAUGUUGUCGUCUAUAACUCUGUGCUAAAUGCCUGUGUUCGCCGUAAAAGCUGGGAGGGUGCCUUUUGGGUACUGCAACAGCUAAAGCUCCGGAACGAGCAGCCCUCAAUGACAACAUAUGGAUUAGUCAUGGAGGUUAUGUUCGAAUGUGGCAAAUACAAUUUGGUUCAUGACUUUUUCAAGAAAAUGCAGAAGUCAUGUGUUCCCAAUGCUUUGACCUAUAAAGUUAUUGUGAGUACUCUUUGGAAGGAAGGGAAAACAGACGAGGCCUUACUGGCAGUAGAAGACAUGGAGCGACGAGGAAUCGUGGGCACUGCCAGUUUGUAUUAUGACCUUGCUCGUUGCCUUUGUAGUGCAGGGAGGUGUGAAGAGGCGCUGAUGCAAAUGGGAAAGAUAUGCAAAGUUGCUACGAAGCCUCUAGUGGUGACUUACACUGGUCUAAUUCAAGCCUGUCUGGAUUCUGGUGACAUUCAGAGUGGAGCAUACAUCUUCAACCACAUGCACCAGUUCUGCUCCCCAAAUUUGAUAACUUAUAAUAUAAUGCUAAAAGGUUAUCUAGAUAGUGGGAUGUUUGAAGAAGCAAAGCAAAUGUUUUUCAAGUUAUUGGAUAAUGGUAACUCUAUUAGCAGUAAAUUGGACGGUAAGGAUAAGGUUUUCCCAGAUGUCUACACAUUCAACUUGAUGUUGGAUGCAUGUGCUGCUGGAAAGAAAUGGGAUGAUCUCAAGUUUGUGUACUCACAUAUGCUGAAAUAUGGAUACCACUUCAAUGCAAAGCGUCACAUUCAGAUGGUACUUGACUCCUGCAGGGAUGGAAAGGUGGAAUUAUUGGAAGCAACAUGGAAGGACUUGGCUCGGGCUGAUCGGGUUCCACCAGUGCCACUAGUCAAAGAAAUGUUCCGCAUGCAGCUGGAAAGAGGGAACAUUGCUGCUGCCCUGACUUGUGUUACUGAUUAUCCUCCUGCUGAGUCUCAGGCAUUUUCUGCCAAGUUUUGGAUGAAGUUUUUUGAGGAAAAUUCUGAUCAAUUAUCAGACGGUACGCUUUUCAGAUUGCUACAAGAGGUGAGCCGGAUUGUUGCCAGAAAUGACAGCAAAAUACUCAACAAUCUAAUGGCUUCUUGUAAAGAAUUUUUGAGAACUCAAUCGACAAAAGUAGAUAGAGUUCAUAGUGAAACAGCUCUAGUUUGUUAACUUUGCUACAGCCCAAAAGAAGAAAAAUCAUCAGAUACUGAUCUGUUCUUGAACAAGUGCUCUAUUUGUUAAGAGUUAAGAGUCAAGUUCAUAAUCAACUAUUCUUUAUCAGUAUAAUCAUAUUUGAUUGUUUAGUUCAGCAAGAA